CAGUGAAGACCGCUUCCUCUUUAGAAAGUUCAGUCUUGAAUGUUCAAUAUUGUUUCUGAAAGGUGAGCGAAGAGCUCAGGACACAGCCCCUCGCUCACUGGGCGAGGUCCCUCCAUCAGAGUGAGGAUCAGAAGGAGCUGGAAGCUUCAUCUGCAAACAUGGACACAAGUCUUCAGACCAGCGGAGCAAUGCUCACAGGUGUGGAAAGAGAGGAGGAAGCUCCUCCCUCUAAAGCCCCUGUGGGUGAGGACCAUGGCAGCCAGACUAGAGCUCAGAGCUCAGAGCCACUCACAUCAGAAGCUGCUGGACGAGGACACAGACCUGGACCUGCUCCCAGCUGUGUGUCUCUGAAGAGUGACAGGUCUAUGGAAAGACCUGUUUACUUCAGUAGUGUACAGAACGAUCAGAGGAGGAGCAAGCUUAAUCGGGAGAAACCAGAAGAUCCUGAACUCAGCUGUGUGUCUCUGAAGAGUGGCGCAUCGAAGAAUCUUAACAUUUAUUUCAAAGGUGGACAAGGGCCUUCAGGAGAGAGAGAGGAUCAGCAGGUCUCAGAUGUUCUCAGUCUCCAGUGUGUCCAGCACCAUCAGACAGAUCUGGACUCCACACUUCAGCUCCUUGAGGAGACUGUCAUGACCCUGGUGAAGAAGGAAGUGAGGAGAGUCCAAAGGUUCCUCAGUCCAGAUGACCCCAAAUACCAGGAUGAUGACGAAGAGGUGAAGGUGAAGUGUGAUGAGGAGCAGAUGAGGAGCAGCAGAGAAGCUUUCCUGGACUUCAUUAUGAACCUCCUGAGGAGCAUGGAGGAGGAGGAACUUGCUGGUCGUGUGUGGAGCAGAAGUCGUGCUGGUGCGUGUGCAGGACGACUGAAGAGGAGCCUGCAGAAGAAGUUCCACAGUGUGUUUGAGGGAGUGGCUAAAGCAGGAAACUCUGCCCCUCUGAAUCAGAUCUACACAGAGCUCUACAUCACCGAGGGGGGCACAGACCAGGUCAACCAGGAGCACGAGGUCCGACAGAUCGAAGCAGCAACCAGGAAGCAGACCAGACCAGAAAGGACUAUCAGACAAGAAGACCUCUUUAAAGCCUCAGCUGAGAGAGAGGGACCAUUCAGGAGCCUGCUGACAAAGGGCGUGGCUGGCAUUGGGAAGACCCUCCUGACACAGAAGCUGACUCUGGACUGGGCUGAAGACAAAGCCCACCAGAACUUCAAGCUCAUGUUUCCUUUCACCUUCAGGGAAUUGAACCUCUUGAAACAAAAGAAGUUGAGUUUGGUGGAACUUGUUCAUGAUUUCUUUCCUGACACCAAAGAAUCAGGACUCAGCACCUUUGAUGGAGUCCAGAUUCUGUUCAUCUUGGACGGUCUGGACGAGUGUCGACUCCCUCUGGACUUCAACAGUCGGGUCCUGACAGAAGCUACAGAGUCCACCUCAGUUGACGUCCUGCUGACCAACCUCAUCAGGGGGAAGCUGCUUCCCUCAGCUCACCUCUGGAUCACCACACGACCUGCAGCAGCCAAUCAGAUCCCUCCUGAGUGUGUGGACAUGGUGACCGAGGUCAGAGGGUUCACUGACCUCCAGAAGGAGGAGUACUUCAGGAGGAGGUCCAGACAUGAGGAGCAGAGCAGGACCAUCAUCUCUCACAUCAGGAGCUCACGAAGCCUCUACAUCAUGUGUCACAUCCCCAUCUUCUGCUGGAUCACUGCCACAGUUCUGGAGGACAUGUUGAAGAGCAGAGAGACCAGAGAGCUGCCCAAGACCCUGACUGAGAUGUACAUCCACUUCCUGGUGGUUCAGGCCAAAGUCGAGAAGCUCAAGUACCAUGGAGGAGCUGGGACAGACACAGUUUGGGAUCCUGAGAGCAGGAAGAUGAUUGAGUCUCUAGGAAAACUGGCUUUUGAGCAGCUGCAGAGAGGAAACUUGAUCUUCUAUGAAUCAGACCUUACAGAGUGUGGCAUCAACAUCACAGCUGCUGCACUUUACUCAGGAGUCUUCACACAGAUCUUCAGACUGGAGAGAGGACUGCACCAGGACAAGGUCUUCUGCUUCAUCCACCUCAGUCUUCAGGAGUUUCUGGCUGCUCUUCAUGUCCACCUGAGGUUCUUCAACUCUGGUGUCGAUCUGCUUGAUUCACAUAUAAGAACUGUACUGACCUUCAUCUUGGGAUACAGACUUCUUCCAGGACAGUUCUACCAGAGAGCAAUAAAUGAAGCUGUAGAAAGUCCAAAUGGACAUCUGGACUUGUUCCUGCGCUUCCUUCUGGGUCUGUCUCUGCAGAGCAGCCAGAGUCUCCUCCCAGGUUUGUUGCCACAGACUGGAAUUGCCUCCUGGACCCAUCAGCACACAGCAAAGCUCAUCAAGAAGAAGAUAAGUGAAAAAGUGUCUCCAGAGAGAAUCAUCAAUCUGUUCCACUGUCUGAGUGAAGUGAAAGACACUUCUCUAGUGGAGCAGGUCCAACAGCAGCUGAGAUCAGGACGUCUCUCCACAGCUCAACUGUCUCCUGCUCAGUGGUCCACCCUGGCCUUCAUCUUACUGUCCUCAGAGGAAGAUCUGGAGGUGUUUGACCUGAAGAAAUACUCUGCUUCAGAGGAGGUUCUUGAGAGGCUGCUGCCUGUGGUCCAAGCUUCAAAACAAGUUCUACUGAGAGACUGUCAGCUGGCAGACAGAAGUGGUUCCCUUCUGUCCUCAGUCCUCAGCUCUCCGUCCUCUUGUCUGACACAACUGGACCUGAGCUACAACUACAAACUGAAAGAUUCAGGAGUGGAGCUGCUGUCUGCUGGACUGAAGAGUCCACACUGUCACCUGGAGACUCUCAGCCUGAGCUGGUGUCAGCUGUCAGACAGAAGUGGUUCCCUUCUGUCCUCAGUCCUCAGCUCUCCGUCCUCUCGUCUGACACAACUGGACAUGAGCAACAACUAUGACCUGGAGGAUUCAGGAGUGGAGCUGCUGUGUGCUGGACUGGAGAGUCCACACUGUCACCUGGAGACUCUCAGCAUGAGCUGGUGUAAACUGUCAGCGAGAAGUGGUUCCCUUCUGUCCUCAGUCCUCAGCUCUCCGUCCUCUCGUCUGACACAACUGGACAUGAGCUACAACAACCUGAAGGAUCUAGGACUGGAGCUGCUGACUGCUGGACUGAAGAGUCCACACUGUCACCUGGAGACUCUCAGUCUGUCAGGGUGUGGGAUCUCAGAGAGAGGUUGUACUUCUCUGGCCUCAGCUCUGACCUCUAACCCUUCCCAUCUGAGAGAGCUGGACCUGAGCUUCAACCAUCCAGGAGGACCAGGACUGAAGCGGCUGUCUGCUGGACUGGAGAGUCCAGACUGGAGGCUGGAGACUCUCAGGCUGGAUCACUGUGGACCACAGAGGUUAACAUCUGGACUGGAGAGAUACUUCCGUCCACUCUCACUGGACCCAGACACAGCUCACCGACGCCUCCUGCUGUCCAACAACAACAACAUGGUGGAGCUAGUGACGGAGGAUCAGGAGUAUCUGGACCACCCCGACAGGUUUGAGCGGUGUCCUCAGGUGAUGAGCAGAGAGGCUGUGACUGGUCCCUGUUACUGGGAGGUGGAGUGGAGAGGAAGAGUUUCUGUGGCUGUGACUCUCAGGAGAGACGGAGGGAAAGAAGAUGAGUCUGAGUUUGGACAGAACCGUUAUUCCUGGAGUCUGAGCUGCUCUGAUGAUGCUGGAUAUAAAGUCUGUCACAAUAAGAGAGAAACUGCCAUCAAGAGCUCAGAAGUCUCUCACAGAGUUGCAGUGUUGCUGAAUGCACCUGCUGGAGUUCUGCACUUCUACACAGUCUCCUCUGGAGUCCAGACCCCCCUCUACACCUUCUUCUCCUCCACUGAACCUCUGUACUUGGGAUUUGGACUCAGAGCGGCUCCUGGAUCUGGUUCCUCAGUGUGUGUGUGUGUUCCUCCAACAAACUGGAAUUGACUGUAAAUGAACAGAAAAACUAGAUUGUCCUCUGGAUCUUUGUCUUUUCCCACCAAGAUUCCCCACUAAAGUGAUUAGAAUGGUAUCAGUGAGGAAGCGUGCAGCUGAGCUCCUCUCAGGAGAUCAGCAACUGUCACACACCACCAUGGAAAAUGACCUGUUCUGUACCACAGAGGUUAUGACAGCAAAUAAAUGUAAGAAAUGUAUUUCACAUAAAAGAAAAAAAAUGUUGAUAAAGAUGUACAUCUAAGCAUAUAAAUUAAAUUCAGAAAUACAUUAUAGUAGUUUAAAAUCAUGCCUAACAACUGCAGACUGUGAAGAUAAAAACUGUAAAUAUAGCGCAGUUCCCUGGCUGAGGGUGAAUUGAAAAUAUUGUUUAUUGUACUGUCUUAACGUUGAUUCUUUGUGUUUAUUUUAGUUGGGACCAAGUUGCUUUUAAGAAAGUAACAAUGUCUCUGUAAUGUAAAUGUAUAAGUCAGUGGGAAAUAACAGGAAGAAAUGGAAUCUGGUGGAAGCUUACCUCUGUUUCUAUCCAACUGUCCCAGGAAAAAGGUACCGGUUCUGGAAAUAAUCUGGUGCUUUCUUGGUAUCAGCAUGAAAGUGGAAUUAAUCACAUAAUCCAACAAGGUAACAGAAACGCCUUAAUUCAGCCACUCUUUUUUUGAGGCAAUUUUUCUGUAAUUCUCAUAAACGUUUAGACAACGUCCUUUGUUUAGAUGAAUUACACAAUGAAACAGGGGUUUCUCCCACAACAUGCAGUAGAAUGUCCUUCUUCUGUCAGGAAAUGAUGCUGGUUUUGA